AUGUCCGCUAUAUUCUCCUCGAUUUUCUCCCGUCAACUGCACUCUUUUUACCGUCCUGGACUUGCUCAAGUGACUCUGUCGCGGAACUUGUCAAAGUCCCCGUUUUCUAAGCCUGUGUUUCCACUGUCUAGCACUUCACGAAGUUUCUCCUCAUCAUCCAAGUUCUUUGGAGAGGCGCAACUGGGAAGUGUGAAAGCUAGGUCUACGCAGCGUACCGCAUCUAUCCCGUGGUUGUAUAAAGCCGCUGGUGUCGCGGGCGUUGGUCUAGGUCUUUCCGUCUUUUCAAUUCCCAAAGUCUUCUGCGAACCGGUGCUUCCCAAGACACCGGUGGCUCAUCCGCCUCCUGCACCCUCCCAUGAACCUUCGUCUGCUUCAUCUCCUCCGCCCCCUCCGCAGUCCAGUGUCAACUACUACGAACUCACUUUCGGCACCCUUUGUGGUGUCUGCGCAGGAGUCUUCGUAAAGAAGGGUGCUAAGGCGGCGGCAUUCGUGCUUGGUGGGGUGUUCGUUCUCCUCCAGUACCUCGGUUCAUUGUCCCUCGUUCGAGUCGAUUGGGAACGCGCUGCUAGUCGCUUCGAGAACCUCUUCUACACCACAGACUCGGCUGGGGCGAAGAGAGCCCCAACCAUCGGUUCUCUCUUCAGGUGGAUCGGUUUGCUUUGGGGCUGCGGAUUGGCUGAGCAGAGAUGGAGCACUGCUGUGCAAUGUCACGUGACCGUGUCGAAGUGGCGCUUACCCGCGGCAGAAGGCCGCCUUCUGCCGCGGCUCUUUUGGCAAGCGGCACCAUCGAUUGUUCCUUCCAUCUCGCCGGAAGACACUAUGGCUACCUUUAAGCAGCCUCCCAAAGCCAUAAGACAGCAAGUCGAAGACUACUUUUCUGACUUGCAGCAGCAAAUCGUCGCUGCGUUCGAGAAGCUCGAUCCGCACGCACCUCCAUUCAAACGUGAUUCAUGGACACGUCCGCAGGGAGGCCGUGGCCUUUCUUGCGUCUUCGCGACACCACCUAAUUCCAGCGAUAUAUCUGCGAAGGAAACGGUGCUCGAGAAGGCCGGCGUAAAUAUCUCGGUCAUCCACAGCGUACUCUCCCCGGCUGCUGCUAAGCAGAUGGGCGUCACCCACCCUGCCAUCCGGCAGGAUCCUCAUUUGAGUCUUCCGCUCUAUACCACGGGCAUCAGCCUUAUUGUACACCCGCGCAACCCACACGCGCCCAGCGUGCACUGCCAUUACCGCUAUGUCGAACUGACUGAACCUUUGCGGGAGGGACAAGACGCGGGGAGUGCGAAAGUUGUGGCGUGGUGGUUUGGGGGCGGGUCAGAUCUCACUCCGAACUACCUAUAUGACACGGACGCGCAGGAGUUCCACCAGAUCCUGAAGGCAGCGUGCGCCCUUCACGGACCUACGCUGUAUCUCACGUUCAAGAAGUGGUGUGACGAAUAUUUCUACAUUAAACAUCGGAAGGAGGGAAGAGGAAUUGGUGGAGUGUUCUUCCGCGAACUAUCGGAUGAAAACCACCCGCGCUUGGACGUCGAAGGAAGCCUCCCCGUGCGGCGUCCGCGAACACAGGACGAGAUCUUCUCGUUUGUUCAGCGGCUGUGUGGCGCGUUUAUCGAGGCAUAUUAUCCCAUUCUCGAGCGUCGCAUGAACAUGCCGAGCGAUGCGCGUGCGCGCAGGUGGCAGCUUCUCCGUCGCGGGAGGUAUGUGGAGUUCAACCUUGUCUGCGAUGACGGAACGAGGUUCGGACUCGCGACCCCCCAGGCGAGGAUCGAGAGCGUGCUCAUGGCGCUACCAGAAACCGCAAGAUGGGAGUAUAUGAGCGAGCUUGGGAACGAAGAGGGCACCGAGGAGGCAAAGCUGGUUGACGUCCUCAAGCACCCCAGAGAAUGGGCUUGA